AUGGGGCGGCGGGCGCUGCUGGCCGGCCGGGCCCCGCUCCACCUGCUGCUGCUGUGCCACGCCUGGGCGCUGCCGCCGCCGCCCCCGCGGGACACACAGCCCGUGCUGCCCGCCCGCCUGCCCGCGCCCCCGGGGCAGCUGGCCCUGCGCCUGGCCGCCUUCGGCCGCGCCGUGGUCCUGCGCCUCCGCCCCGACACCACGUUCCUGGCCCCCCGCCUCCGCCUCCAGCGCCUGGGCGGCCGCCGCCCGCCAACGCCGCCAACGCCGCCGCGCCGCGGCUGCUUCUACGCGGGCGCCGUCGAGGGCAGCCCCGACGCGCCCGCCGUGCUCAGCAGCUGCGGCGGCGGAGGGCUGCGAGCCGCCUUCCUGCUGGACGGGGCGGCCUACGAGCUGCAGCCGCUGGGGCCGGCCGCGCCCGGGCCGCCCUGGGGCCGCCUGCACCGCCUGAGGCGCCGCGCGGCCCCGCCGGGAGCGCGGCCCGCCAGCCCCGGCGCCGAGCCCGGGCCGCGCCGCAGGGCCCCGCGCUUCGUGUCGCAGGCCCGCUAUGUGGAGACGCUGCUGGUGGCUGACGCGUCCAUGGUGCGCUUCUACGGCGAGGACGUGGAGAACCACAUCCUGACCCUGAUGUCCAUGGCAGCUCGCAUCUACAAGCAUCCCAGCCUGAGGAACUCCAUCAGCCUGGUGGUGGUGAAGGUGCUGGUGGUGGAGGAGGCAGCAGCAGGGCCCGAGGUGUCUGACAACGGGGGGCUCACCCUGCGCAACUUCUGCAGCUGGCAGCAAAGGUUCAACCCCCCGAGCGACCGGCACCCCGAGCACUACGACACCGCCAUCCUCCUCACCAGACAGGAUUUCUGUGGCCACCAAAGCUGUGACACGCUGGGCGUGGCGGACAUCGGCACCAUGUGCGACCGCAACAAGAGCUGCUCCGUGAUCGAGGACGAGGGCCUGCAGGCAGCCUACACCCUGGCUCAUGAACUGGGCCAUGUGCUCAGCAUGCCCCACGACGACUCCAAGAACUGCGAGCGGCUCUUCGGGCCCCUGGGCGAGCACCACGUGAUGGCCCCGCUCUUCAUCCACCUCAACAAGAGCCAGCCCUGGUCCCCCUGCAGUGCCAUGUACCUCACUGAGUUCCUGGACGGAGGCCAUGGUGACUGCCUGCUGGAUGCCCCGGCCGAGCCCGUGUCCCUGCCUGCCGAGCUGCCCGGCCAGAGAGCCCUGUACAGCCUGGACCAGCAAUGCCAGCAGAUCUUCGGCAAGGACUUCCAGCACUGCCCCAACACCACAGAGGAGGACAUUUGUGCCCAGCUGUGGUGCAGGACGGGCAGUGGGGAGCCCCUCUGCCACACCAAGAAUGGCAGCUUGCCGUGGGCUGAUGGAACGCCCUGCAAAACCGAGGGGCUGUGCUGGGACGGGCGCUGUGUGCAGCAGGAUGCCCUGAAACCCCAGGCGGCGCUGGACGGCGGCUGGGGCCCCUGGAGCGCGUGGGGCGCGUGCUCGCGGAGCUGCGGCGGAGGGAUCCAGUUCUCGCACCGCCACUGCGACAGCCCCCGGCCCCGGCACGGCGGCAGCUACUGCCAGGGCCAGAGAGCCAAGUACCAGUCCUGCCACACCCAGGAGUGCCCGCCCGACGGGAAAAGCUUUCGGGAGCAGCAGUGCGAGAAGUACAACAGCUACAACUUCACUGACCUGGAAGGGAAUCACUUGGAGUGGGUUCCCAAGUACGCCGGAGUGUCCCCCCGAGACAGAUGCAAACUCUUCUGCCGAGCCCGAGGGAGGAGUGAAUUCAAAGUCUUUGAGGCCAAAGUGAUCGAUGGCACGCUGUGUGGCCCAGAGACCCUCUCCAUCUGUGUGCACGGGCAGUGCAUCAAGGCUGGCUGUGACCACGUCAUUGGCUCCUCCAAGAAGCUGGACAAGUGCGGGGUGUGCGGUGGCAAUGGCUCCACGUGCAGGAAAAUAUCUGGCUCGCUCAACAGAUCCAGGUACGGCUACAACGACAUUGUCACCAUCCCCGCCGGAGCCACCAACAUCGACAUCAAGCAGCGCAGCCACCGGGGGCUCCGGCAUGACGGGAAUUACCUGGCCCUGAAGACCCUUGAGGGCAAGUACCUGCUCAAUGGAGACUUUGCCAUCUCAGCCAUGGAGCAGGACAUCCUCAUUAAGGGCACCAUCCUCAAGUACAGCGGCUCCAUGACCACUCUGGAGAGGCUGCAGAGCUUCCGACAGCUCCCCGAGCCCCUGACCGUGCAGCUGCUGACCAUUGCCAGCGAGGUCUUCCCACCCAAAGUCAAGUACACCUUCUUCAUCCCCAAGGACGUCCCUUUCAGCAAGCAGAAGGGCAAAGAGAAGAAGUCAGUCAAUGUCAUCCGGCCGAUGCUGACCUCCCAGUGGGUGCUGGGGGACUGGUCCGAGUGCUCCAAGACGUGUGGCUCCGGCUGGCAGCGGCGCACGGUGGACUGCCGGGACGUGGAGGGUCAAACCUCGUCUGCCUGCAACAGGUCGCUCAAGCCUGAGGACAUCAAGCCCUGUGGAGACGUGCCCUGCCCUCUGUGGCGCCUGGGUCCCUGGUCCCCCUGCUCCCAGACGUGCGGCGAGGGCGUGCGGACGCGCAGCGCCUCCUGCAUUGACUACGCGGGGAAAAUCACCGCCCCCGAGAAAUGCAGCUCGCCGGGACCGCCCCCGGCCACCAGCGCCUGCCUGCUGCGGCAGUGCUGAGCCACGGCGGGCUGCAGGAGCCCAGGGUGCCACACUGCACUGGGGCAGCACAGCCAGGGUGCCAUGGACUGGGGCAGGACAGCCAGGGUGCCACCAUACUGGGGCAGGACAGCCAGGGUGCCAUGGACUGGGGCAGCACAGCCAGGGUGCCACCAUACUGGGGCAGGACAGCCAGGGUGCCACACAGCACUGGGGCAGGACAGCAGUGGUGCCAUGGGCUCCUCCACACCAGGGCAGCACAGCCAGGGUGCCACACAGCACUGGGGCAGGACAGCCAGCGUGCCACCACACCAGGGCAGGACAGCCAGGGUGCCAUGGGCUAACACAGCACUGGGGCAGGAAAACCAUGGUGCCCAGGGCUCCACCACACUGAGGCAGGACAGCGAGGGUGCCAUGGCUAACAUAGCACUGGGGCAGGACAGCAAAGAUGCCACGGGCAGCACCACACUGGGGCAGGACAGCCAGGG